CACACUUAAGAAAGAUCCCUCAGCUGCAAUCAAAACAAACCAGAAUAAUUGUGAAAUUAUUUGAAUAUCGGGCAAAUAAACAGGCUUAAGUCGUUAAAUCUUCCACCUAACGGACAGGAAGUAACCUAAUAUACAAAAAAAAAAAAAAAAAAAAACAGGCUUAAGCAUGGGUCGCGCCGAGGUGGGUACUCCCAAGUACCUGGCCAACAAGAUGAAGUCGAAGGGCCUGCAAAAGUUGCGCUGGUACUGCCAAAUGUGCGAAAAGCAAUGUCGCGACGAAAACGGCUUCAAGUGCCACACGAUGAGCGAAUCCCAUCAGCGCCAGCUGCUGCUCUUCGCAGAUUCCCCAGGCAAAUUCCUGCACAGUUUCAGCAAGGAGUUCUCCGAUGGCUACAUGGAGCUACUGCGCCGGCGGUUCGGCACGAAACGGACCAGCGCCAACAAAAUCUAUCAGGAGUACAUCGCCCAUAAGGAACACAUCCAUAUGAACGCCACCCGAUGGCUGACCCUCUCCGAUUACGUCAAGUGGCUCGGGCGGACGGGUCAGGUCGUAGCGGACGAGACGGAGAAGGGCUGGUUUGUCACCUACAUUGACCGCAGUCCGGAGGCAAUGGAACGCCAGGCGAAAGCCGAUCGCAAGGAGAAGAUGGAGAAGGACGACGAGGAGCGGAUGGCUGACUUCAUCGAACAGCAGAUUAAAAAGGCCAAGGCAAAAGACGGCGAAGAUGCGGAAGACCAAGAAAAGUUUACCGAACUCAAGCGCGAAGAGAAUGAACCCCUCAAGCUGGAUAUUCGUUUAGAGAAAAAGUUUCAGCCGGAUACUAUCCUGGGAAAAUCCGCUCUUACUAAACGACCUGCAUCGGAAGUUGACGAAAAGGUAUUUAAAAAACCUAAAUCCAUUGCUGGGGACAGUCAAUCCAGAUCUGCGUUGGACGAAAUUAUCAAACAGGAGGAGGCCAAAAAAGAGCGUGCCAAUCGAAAGGAUUACUGGCUGCACAAGAACAUUGUGGUCAAGUUCAUCUCAAAAUCCAUGGGCGACAAGUUCUUUAAACAAAAAGCGGUUGUCCAGGAAGUAAUUGAUAAGUAUCAAGCCAAAAUAAAGUUCUUGGACACCGGGGAAAAGCUUAAAGUAGAUCAGGCUCACUUGGAGACUGUGAUUCCCGCUUUGGACAAACCUGUCAUGGUUGUGAACGGUGCCUAUCGAGGAUCUGAGGCUCUGCUUAGAAAACUAAACGAACGUAAAUAUUCAGUCAGCGUGGAAAUAUUACAUGGUCCGUUAAAAGGACGAAUUGUGGAUAAUGUACAAUACGAAGAUAUAUCUAAAUUGUCAGGUGCUUAGUUAGGAUUUAUAUUCUGUAGAUGUGUAGCUCUAAGAAAGUCAACUUUGUAAAUUUUAUAUUCCGAUAUAAGUGAUGUUUAAACCAUUUUUAAGAAAUGCUGAGAACGAACUAAACUAAAAUCUGCACAUCAGCUUGUUACUUAAACUUGGCCCCCAUUGCAUUUAGGUUAAUUAAACACGACUUUUUGAUGAA